AUGUGCGAGGAGUUGGGAAUCGAUGCAGUCUCCUAUAAAGCAUAUCACCGAUCACAUGUUUCCAAGGUCAUGGGAAUUGCUGUGACUGCUUUUGCGUUCAAAGACUCUAUUGAAAACGGUGGAGACGGCCUCAAGAUUGGCUUCUAUCGUGCCCAAACAAACAAGGUUGCAAAGAAGCUAGUAAGGCAGGGAGUACGACAGGAUGAUGGUUCUAUCAAGCGAACUGGAGCGGUGAUAAGAGAAAAAGGGGACUUGUACUUGGUGGAUUGUAAUGUCACUGGAUCGUCAGAAGGGACCCCUGAUGAUCCAAAGUUUGCAUUGAAGAAGUUGUUUGAGCAUCACAUCUUUCAAAAGUUGGAUGGUCUUGUGGCGGCAGGAGGACAAUACGAAGGAUACAUUCCUGUUAUUCAAGGUGACAAUGCAGGGCCGCAUGCUGAAAAAGAAUACUUUAAUUGGUGCAAGGCUCAAUGUGAACAACGUGGCUGGCACUGGGAACCGCAAGCUCCACAAAUGCCGCAUAUGAACAACUUAGACUUGUCAGUAUUCCCCUGCAUGUCGAGACGUCAUUGUGCAGCCGCAAGAGAGAGGGGAGGGCUCCAUGUUUUGAAACAGGACGAAAUUUGGGAUGCAGCAGAGGACGUUUGGAGAACACUUCCUAGCUCGAAGAUUGCAUCAGGUUUUGUACAAUGCAGCCGGAUAGCAUCAAAAGUAAUUGCAUUGGAAGGGGGCAUCGAUUUUGUUGGAAACGAGAUAGAGAAUGGCAUUCAUUGUGAUAUCCGAAAAGAUUACAAUGAAACUCCCACUGGGCUUUCUAGGAAAGACGGAGAGAUGAUCAACCCUCCAGCACCAGCAACAGCAAUAUAG